GACCUUUAAUUUGCUUUGCUCUGCUUGUAGAGCUUUGAAGGAAAGAAAGCAGCUGCCUGUGUGUGCCUGCUUGAGCUAGCGGGGGAGUAGGGAAGCACUAUGUUAACAGAAGAAUGACUAGAUGAUCCAUGGAUGGUUUUGGGUGGAGGAAGACCCAUAGAUUUCAGCCUGUUUGGAUGUAUGCUGCUAGGAAUAUUUCUGUGGAAUAAAAGAGAGCUAGAGGAGCAGGAAAGCCACUGAGGUACGACACGCCCCCCUCGAGACGGUGAGGUCCCUGGGGUUGAUUACAACUUUAUGUCCAUAGAGGACUUCCUAAAUCUUGAGCAGUGUGGAACACUACUGGAAAUAGGAACGUAUGAAGGUAACUAUUAUGGGACCCCCAAGCCGCCGAGGCAGCCCGUGGUUGGGACAGUGAUUUUCAGUGAUGCUGUGCCCCUCAACGGCCCCCCAGGCUCCCAGCAGUCAACUCCCAAGCACACCAAGUCCUACAAUGACAUGCAAAACGCCCGAGUAGUGCCUGCUGACUAUGAGGAUGACGACCAGGCCACGGAAAUGAACAACAGUUUUACAGGUAACUCUAGCGACCAGGACGAGAGCCGCGGCGGUGUACUUCGGCCAUAUCCCGCGCGCGAGAAUGCUCCGUCCUAUGGUCUGAACAACGUGGCCGCCUCCACCUCGGACAACGGGCAGCAGACGCAUGCCCAACCCCAGGCCUCUCCUGAAGACCCCCUGGGACCCCUGCCAGACAACUGGGAGAUGGCCUACACAGAGAAUGGAGAAGUCUACUAUAUAGACCACAACACAAAGACCACAUCGUGGAUCGACCCCCGGUGUCUUGAGAAACCUCUGAAACCUCUGGAAGAGUGUGAGGAUGAUGAAGGGGUACAUACUGAGGAACCAGACAAUGAACUAGAGCUGCCUGCAGGAUGGGAGAAGAUAGAUGACCCAGUGUAUGGGGUGUACUACGUAGAUCACAUCAACAGGAAGACCCAGUAUGAGAACCCCAUAGUGGAGGCUAGGCGCAGGAUGCAGCUGGAGCAGCAGCAGCCGCAGCCUCCUGAAGGUGAGCGGUACAUUCGAGAGUGGAUAGAGGAGCACUCCUCAGCUGGUGCUCCCCUGGCCAACUAUGCCAAUAACCACCUAGAGACGUACCGCGACCCGCAGGUCCCACCCCCGCUGCCCCCUGCUCCGGGAGGGGCCAAACGAGGGAAGCCAUUCUUCACACGGAACCCAGCAGAGCUGAAGGGAACUUUCAUCAACACCAAACUGAAGAAGAGCCGCCGCGGAUUCGGCUUCACCGUAGUUGGGGGCGAUGAGCCGGAUGAGUUCCUGCAGAUCAAGAGUUUAGUCCUGGAUGGUCCUGCUGCUGUGGAUGGGAAGAUGGAGACAGGUGACGUGAUAGUGAGUGUGAACGACACCAUCGUUCUGGGCUACACCCACGCCCAGGUGGUGAAGAUUUUCCAGUCCAUCCCGAUCGGCUCCAUGGUGGACCUGGCCCUGUGCCGCGGCUACCCCCUGCCAUUUGACCCUGACGACCCCAACACCAGCCUGGUGACCUCCGUGGCCAUCCUGGACAAGGAGCCCAUCAUCGUCAAUGGCCAGGAGAGCUACGACUCUCCGUCCAGCCACGGCAGUCAGACCGGAGGGCCUGUUAACGGGAUGAGGGAGCCGCGGGCCCACAGUCCCUCGGCAGAGGUGGUGUCCAACGGCUCUCACGGCUACUCCUCCAGCGACGUGGUCACCCUGGCAUCAUCCAUCGCUGGGCAGCCAGAGCUGAUCACAGUGCACAUGGAGAAAGGCGAUAAGGGCUUUGGGUUCACCAUCGCUGACAGCCUGACGGGAGGGGGUCAGAGGGUGAAGCAGAUCGUGGAUUACCCCCGCUGCAGGGGCCUGAAGGAGUCAGACAUUCUGAUGGAGGUGAACAAGAGGAAUGUCCAGAACAUGAGCCACAACCAGGUGGUGGACCUGCUCAGCAAGUGUCCCAGAGGGAGCGAGGUCACCAUGCUGGUGCAGAGAGGAGUGGUGGCGGCCAAGAGGAGCCCCAAGCUGGUGCAGCAGCUGGAGAGGAAGGACAGUCAGAGCAGCUCACAGCACAGUGUGUGCAGCCAUCACAGCACCCACACAAACUCCCCCAGCCACCCCCCCUCCAACAUGCCCAGUGAGGCCAUGGCCCCCCCUCCGGCCGCACCCACUCAGCCGCUGCCUGGCUUGCCUCCGCUGCCCACCCAGGACCCUGGAGAUGGCACCAUGACCCUCCAGAAGAAGCCAGACCCCUUCAAGAUCUGGGCCCAGUCCAGGAGCAUGUAUGAGAGCAGACAGCCAGAUUGCCAGGAGCAGGAGAUUUUCCUGUGGCGGAAGGAUACAGGAUUUGGGUUCCGCAUCCUUGGAGGAAAUGAGCCUGGGGAGCCGAUCUACAUUGGACACAUAGUGAAGUACGGUGCAGCAGAUGAGGACGGACGCCUGCGUUCUGGGGACGAGCUCAUCUGUGUGGACGGCACGGCGGUGGUGGGGAAGUCUCACCAGCUGGUGGUGCAGCUGAUGCAGCAGGCCGCCAAGCAGGGCCACGUCAACCUCACUGUCCGACGCAAGAGCUCUGGAUACGGAGUUUCGAAAGGGGAGGGUGACGUGCCCCCGUCCCCUGCCUCGUCUCAUCACAGCAGCACCCAGGCCCCCUCCCUGACGGAGGGCAAGCGGACCCCCCAGGGCAGCCAGAACUCCCUCAACACGGUCAGCUCUGGCAGUGGCUCCACCAGUGGCAUCGGCAGUGGGGGAGGAGGUGGCUCCGGCAGUGCUGUGGUCACCGCAGCCCUGCAACCCUAUGACGUGGAGAUCCAACGUGGAGAGAAUGAGGGCUUCGGAUUUGUCAUUGUGUCAUCUGUCUCUAGGCCUGAUGCUGGGACUACGUUCGCUGGCAAUGCAUGUGUGGCCAUGCCCCACAAAAUAGGACGCAUCAUCGAGGGGAGCCCAGCGGACCGCUGUGGGAAGCUGAAGGUGGGCGACCGCAUCUUGUCCGUCAACGGUUGCUCCAUUACCAACAAGUCCCACUCGGACAUCGUCAACCUGAUCAAGGACGCCGGGAACACAGUGUCUCUGAGGAUCAUUCCUGGUGAUGAGUCCUCCAACGCAUCUCUGUUGACCAACGCUGAGAAGAUUGCCACCAUCACCACCACGCACACACCCCAAACUGCCAUGGAGCCUCGGAACAACUCAAAGUCGAAACAGGCUCCUCCUCCACCUCCUCCAACACAAGCUCAGCCCUCACAGGAUGCUGAGUUCUACUCUGUGGAUCUGGAGCGGGACAGUAAAGGCUUUGGGUUCAGCCUGAGAGGAGGACGGGAGUACAACAUGGAUCUAUAUGUGUUGAGGCUGGCUGAGGACGGGGCGGCUGGCAGGAAUGGCAAGAUGAGGGUGGGAGAUGAGAUCCUGGAGAUCAACGGCGAGAGCACAAAGAACAUGAAGCACGCACGGGCCAUCGAGCUGAUCAAGAAUGGUGGCCGGAGGGCACACCUGGUCCUCAAGAGGGGCGAUGGAUCUGUACCUGAAUAUGACUCCAGCAAUGACGGGCACUCUCCCACACCCAGGGCACAAAACUCUCCGGAAGUGAGAACCCUGCCACCAAACAGCCGAUAUCACACCUCAUCGGAGUCAAGUUAUCCACAAGACCUUCACAAACCAUCACGCCACAAGGAUGCUGCGCAGGACCAAGACAGGGACAGGAUGGAGCACCAGGGCCGGCAAUUUAACCCCCACCACCAUCACACCUGGAACAACAACCACAGCCAUGCCACCCCCAGCCAACACUACCCUGAAAACAGCGGCGGCAACAAUAAGAAGAGCCGGGGACGCAAAGUCAACAAGUCAGAGUCAGAGAGCGGCAUCUCAAAACUAUUAAAGACUCUGCGUAAGGACAGCUCUAGGAAGAAGGCUGCAGCUGCAGCGGCAGCUACAGAACGAGAGCGGGAGCGCUCCGCUAGUAGCAGUACUCUAGACCCGAGGUACAGUCGACCACGUCGCGGCUCCUUCGACCGUUCGCCCACCCGUAAACAUAAAGCCUCCCCUGACCGACGGCGGUCCAAGUCCAUGGACCGCAGGGUCGAGCGAGCACACCGAGACCGCACACCCGAAAAGGAGAACGAGGACGGAGGUUUCCUCAGUCAUGCGGCUACUCCUGAACAACCACUCUACGACCGCAGGCUCCUGAGGGAACCACAGACCCCGGGCCGAGCCUACUUAGAGGCCACCACCCCAGAGCGCCUGAACAAAAGGGCUUCCUCCCUGUCUCUUUCCAGGGGGUGGACUCCUGACAGAGGCAGCCUGAAGAACGGCAACCUCCUGAGGGACUCGCCGGUUGAGACGAGGGAGGAGAGGUAUGGGAUGAACGGAACGCCAGAGAGACGGUACAGGUCAGAGAGAGAUUUGUCUCCAGACAGCAGCUAUAGCAGGGAGGAGCUGAACUACUGCAGUACACUGAAGAACAAUGCCUCCACUCACAACCACACAGGCUACAACGCAGCAGGACACUGCAACAACGCAGCAGGACACAACAACACAGCAGGACACAACAACGCAGCACGACACAACAACGGAGUAGGUCGCGCCCAGAACCAGUUCCCCGUGCCUAUGAGAAGGCUUUACAAAGAAAGCCCCAAGGACCUCAGCAUCUGAGUGGACAGAGCCUGGACCCUGGCCUCUCACCCCUCAACCUGUGUAGGCCACAGUACAUACACUGGACUUGGACUUCUGAGAAGAUUAACUCGUGAUUUAUCCAAUCGCCUGGUUGAUUGAUUCAUUGAUUUGACUACUUGUGAUCCGGGACAGAGAUUCAUACCACAGCAGGAGUACAAUCUUUUAUUUUUUCGUACUGUAUGUUUUGCUUCUGUUCACAUUAUUUUGAGCAUUACGGCAGUUGUUAAUACUGUAGUGAAGGUAUGUGUAUGUGCCUAUCAUAUCACAAAUGGUGAUUCAGCUUUUUUUGGCAUCUUUGUUUGGAACCUAAGAGGGAACACAUACAGUCGCUAGUGAAAGUCUACACACCGCUUGCACAGUCUUCACAUUUUGCUGCCUCGAAAUGUAAUCAAAACAUUUAUUAAAUUAGAUUGGUAGAACAAUUAUCUACAAAACCUACUCCACAUUUUCAAAGUGAAAGAAAUUAUCAAACACCCCCCUCCAAUUUUUUUUUUAUUGAUUGCAUGACUCUUAGUGCAAUGCAUAUCCAUUGUUUUUGUCAAAAUUGCUCAAGCUCAGUAAAUGUGGUUGGGAAUCAUUGAUGGUCAGCAAUAUUUCAGGCUUGUCUCGGAUUUUCAAGCAAAUUUAAGUCAGCACUGAGACUGGAAAACUCACACUUUACACCUCUUCGAAAGCUCUCCUGGCGGGUCUUUGGUAUUAAAAUGUGUGUAACUGUCCCGCUGACAAAUAAAACUCUGUCCCAGGGUUAGGUUUUCAGAAAACUACGGCAGGUUUUUACCUGGGCUUUUUUAUCCUGACAAACUCCCCAAUCCCUGCCGGUGACAAGCCUACCCAUAACAUGAUGCUGCCACCACAAUACUUGAAAAUACAGAGAGUUUUCUCCUGUGUUGCAUUAGAUUUGAUUCAAAUCAGCAGUUUUUUAUUUAGUCCAAAAAGUGAAUGUAUUUGCUGUUUUGUCUUGCAGUAUUAUUUAACAGCCUUGUUGCAAACAUAAUUGAUGAUUUGGUGUGGAUGUUUUUUUUUUUUUGAAUUUUUUACCCCUUUUUCGUGGUAUCCAAUUAUUUAGUAGCUACUGUCUUGUCUCAUCGCUACAACUCCCGUACGGCCUCGGGAGAGACGAAGGUUGAAAGUCAUGCGUCGUCCGAUACACAACCCAACCAAGCCGCACUGCUUCUUAACACAGGGCGCAUCUAACCCGGAAGCCAGCCGCACCAAUGUGUCGGAGGAAACACCAUGCACCAGGCAACCUUGAUUAGCGUGCACUGCGCCCGGCCCGCCACAGGAGUACGAUGAGACAAGGAUAUCCCUACCGGCCAAGCCCUCCCUAACCCGGACGACGCUAUGCCAAUUGUGCGUUGCACCAUGGAUCUCCCGGUCACAGCCGGUUAUGACAGAGCCUGGGCGCAUACCCAGAGUCUCUGAUGGCACAGCUGGCGCUGCAGUACAGCACCCUUAACCACUGCGCCACCCAGGAGGCCUGGUGUGGAUGUUUUAACACAGGUUUCCUUCUUUUCACUUCAUCAUACAGGCCACUAAUAUGGAGUGAAUGCAAUGUUGUUGAUCCUCUGUAUUUUCAAGUAUUGUGGUGGCAGCAUCAUGUAAUGGGUAUGCUUGUCACUGACAGGAAAUGGGGUUGUCAGGAUCAAAAAAAUAUAUAUGAAAGGAGCAAAGCACAGGUCAAAAGUCUGAGAAGAGUCCACCGUAGUCUUCUGAAAACCUAGAGGUAAUUAGUGCUAGACACACCAGAAUGGCUUUUCAGGAGGUGUUGAGUGAUCCAGUCUUAGUCCUGACUUAAAUAUUCUUUCAAAUCACAGACAAAGUUUGAAUAUUGCUUUCCACCUAUGAUUCCCAACCAAAUUUACUGAGCUUGAGCAAUUUUGACAAAAACAAUUGAGCUAUGUUGGUUGGUAAAAUCUUAUUCAAAAUUAUUCCGUUUUUAUGUCCUAUAAUAUUUCUUUCACUUAAUAAUUCUUGUGACUCUCAAACCCGGAUCCGAGAGCGUAAUCAUCACCUCAAACUAAUUAGCAUAACGCAGCGGACAUAAAUCUUCCUAGAAAAUCUUCCUAUUCAUGAAAAUCACAAAUAAAAUAUAUUGAGACACAGCUUAGCCUUUUGUUAAUCACACUGUCAUCUCAGAUUUUCAAAAUAUGCUUUACAGCCAACGCUAGACAAGCAUUUGUGUAAGUUUAUCAUGGCAUAAUGCUAUCCUAGGCUCUGCUGGCAGCAGGCAACAUUUUCACGAAAAUAAGAAAAGCAAUCAAAUUAAAUCAUUUACCUUUGAAGAACUUCGGAUGUUUUCACUCAGGAGACUCCCAGUUAGAUAGCAAAUGUUCCUUUUUUCCAAAAAUAUUAUUUUUGUAUGCGAAAUAGCUCCCGUUUGUUCAUCACGUUUGGCUGAGAAAUCGACCGGAAAAUGCGGUCAUUACAACGCCAAACUUUUUUCCAAAUUAGCUCCAUAAUAUCGACAGAAACAUGGCAAACGUUGUUUAGAAUCAAUCCUCAAGUUGUUUUUCACAUAUCUAUUUGAUAAUGUAUCCGUCGGGACAAUUGGUUUCUCAUAAGAAGCGAUAGGAAAAAUGGCUACCUCAGUACUUUACGCAAGAUUUUCUGUGGGAGCCAUCAUGUGACCACUUGCUCAAUGUGGUUCCUUACAGCUAUUCUUCAACAUAAAUGCGUAAAAAGACGUCACAAUGCUGUAGACACCUUGGGGAAUACGUAGAAAGCGUAAGCUCAUUCGUAGCCAUAUAAGGAGUCAUUGGCAUGAAGCGGUUUCAAAAAAUGCGGCACUUCCUGAUUGGAUUUUUAUCUGGGUUUCGCCUAUAACAUCAGUUCUGUUGCACUCACGGACAAUAUCUUUACAGUUUUGGAAACGUCAGAGUGUUUUCUAUCCAAAGCUGUCAAUUAUAUGCAUAGUCGAGCAUCUUGUCGUGACAAAAUAUCCCGUUUAAAACGGGAACGUUUUUUAUCCAAAAAUGUAAAUACUACCUCUAGUCGCAAAAGGUUAUUAAAAAAUGUUUAGUAGGUUGUGUAGAUCUAUAGAAAAGAAAAUCGAAUGUAAUCCCGUUUUAGAUACAAAUGUUGUUAGCAAAAUGUGACAACUGCCAGAGGUGUGUAGACUUUCAGUAGUGACUGUAUGUGUUCCCUCUGAGGUUUCAAACAUGCUCCUUACUGUGGUAACUGGUACUUCAUGGUGGGCUUGUUUUUAAUUUGUUUUUGAUGUCAUUUUCCACCAAGCAAACUAUAGCACAAGAUGUUGGUAGUAGUGACAUUUUAUGGACAACUGCAGUGUGCAUACCUAAGUGAGUAUCAUACAGAGUAAAGGCAAACUCACAUUUUUAUAACCAAUAGUAAUUUUAGAAAUAAUAUAUUUGAAAUCAACAUUUUUGCAUUUGUCCUGCUAUUUAUUUUCAAUUGGCACAUACCACAGUGAAGCUUGGUUAAAGCUUAAAGGACCAAGUUAUAUGCCCCAUAACCUGAAAAUAAGAAUCAUUGUUAUCCCUGCUGGAUUUGCUGUAGAAUCGCCAAAGAGGGAAACUAACAUCCAUCUCCUCUUCUCUCAGUCAGAGGUGUCUGAGUAGACUACCUGUGGUGGAAAUAAAAUUAAACAAAGUUUUGUAUUCCUAUUCAGAGGACAGUAGAAGCAACAUGUUAACUGACUGGAGCCUGUAACAUGAAGCCUGUUUCACAGUUAUAAGCAACAUGGAGAGGUUGACUACAUGGAGAGGUUGACUAAGAGAGGUCAAAUGGUUUGAAUGUAACCACAGUCCUCGAAUGAAUUGAUCCUAUAUACCGAUGUAGACGUGAGGAAAGCUAAACCACCACAUCUGAUUGGCUUGAAGAUUCAAUAGAAAAUAUUGAUCAACGGCCACUGAUCCCAUACAGGUGAAAUGGGAUUAAUUCCUCUCUUCCUCUCCCUGUCCAAGGAAAUGAGGUGAUGAUGUAAUCAUGUAAGGUAAGUUGUUGUGAUGGUAACAUAUGGAAAGUUCCGGUACAGAAGUAUCUGCCAUGCUGAGCCAUGCUUUCACACCACUGGAGUAUGACUGCAGCUUUAACCUUGUUUUUCUGUAUAUUUUAUGUUUUAUGUUUCACAAAACAUCUAAAAUGAUUUAGGAAGAACUACAACCAAUGCAUUCUUUUAUCACAGUUUUUUCCAUGGUACUGUAAAAAAAAUUGCAAAGAAGAGCAAAAAAAGACAUUUAAAGAAGAAUAUAACCUGCCGGCCACCGCCUGCACAGAAUUUUACUAUGUAACUAAUAGGAACCUGUCAAGGAAUAAAUUGCUGCCUUUUUCUUGUACAAAAGAGAAAUUUAUGAGAAACCUCUGCAGUGAGGAAUGUGAUAUUGUGUUUAUAUUUCUGAAAUGGACCUGAUGAUUCAUGGGAAAUAUGUUAAUGUACUCUGAAUCAGGUAUGUAAAGACAUUCUAAAAAUGGACGACUGUAUUUGGUCAAUUAGAAGCUGUUUGUUGGUUUGAAUAUCUCUUGAUGGUUAGCCUGCCUUUGUAUUAUAAAGCACUUGUAUGCAGUCUGUGUCCUUUAAGCAUUAUUUCUUGCAAUGUGCUCCAGACAUAAUGCUAUAUCUGUGUUGAUAAAAGCAGUACAUGCAUAUGGGCCAAUCUUUUUUAUAAAACACUAUGCAUAUAUAAAUACUACAUUGUUCAUAGCUUUAUUUGGUCCAUGAAGCUAUACAUAACAUUAGUUUAAGUACAAGUAAAUGUGGACUUAUCCAGUGAAGCUUAUUUCCUUGAGAAGGAUCACAAUGUAUAUGUAGCUAUCAAAAGAAGUCUGUGAAUGCUAUUUUUAUUAUCAAAUAAAGUUUUCCAUACAAAU